AUGGGGUCAAAAAGGAGUGCAUCUUCAAGGCAUGGUUCUCUCAGCUCCUAUGAAGUCAUGUUUGCAGUUCUAUUUGCCACAUUGGUGGUGCUGUGUGCUGGACUAAUAGCAGUGUCCUGGUUGGCAAUCAAGGAAUCAGAAGGAGAUGCAGUAUUUGGUAUGAAUCAUAAAGUCAGAGGAACAUUUAAAAUAACAUCUGGAGCUACAUAUAAUCCUAAUUUGCAAGACAAACUCUCUGUGGAUUUCAAAGUUCUUGCUUUUGACCUUCAGCAAAUGAUAGAUGAGAUCUUUCAAUCAAGUAAUCUGAAGAACAAAUAUAAAAACUCAAGAAUUUUACAAUUUGAAAAUGGCAGCAUUAUAGUCCUAUUUGACCUUUUUUUUGCUCAGUGGGUGUCAGAUGAAAAUGUAAAAGAAGAACUGAUUCAAGGCAUUGAAGCAAAUAAAUCCAGCCAACUGGUCACCUUCCAUAUUGAUUUGAACAGCAUUGAUAUCACAGCAUCUUUGGAGAAUUCCUCCACAACUACUUUUGUUCCUGCAACUAUUUCAGACAUCCUAACAACCAGAAGUCCUCUGGCAACUACAGGAAAUGCCUCAAUAGAGUGUCCACCUGGCUUCAGGCCUUGUGCUGAUUCUCUGAAGUGUAUUUCAAUUGAUUUAUUUUGUGAUGGAGAAAUAAACUGUCCAGAUGGUUCCGAUGAAGACAAUAAAAUUUGUGCCACAGCUUGCGAUGGAAGAUUUUUAUUGACUGGAUCUUCUGGGUCUUUCCAGGCUAUCCAUUAUCCAAAGCCAUCUAAAUCAAGUAUUGCUUGCCGGUGGGUCAUAAGUGUAAACCAAGGACUUUCCAUCAAACUGAGCUUCGAUUCCUUUAAAACAGAUUAUAGAGAUGUUUUAUAUAUUUAUGAAGGUAUAGGAUCAAGCAAGAUUUUAAGAGCUUCCCUUUGGGAAAGUAGUCCCGGCACAAUUAGAAUCUUUUCCAACCAAGUUACUCUCACCUUUCUCAUAGAAUCUGAUGAAAAUGAUUAUAUUGGUUUUAGUGCAACAUAUACUGCAUUUAAUAGCAGUGAGCUUAAUAAUUAUGAAAAAGUUAACUGUGAUUUUGAGGAUGGCUUUUGUUUCUGGAUCCAGGAUCUAAAUGAUGACAAUGAAUGGGAAAGGAUUCAAGGAUCCACCUACCCUCCUUUUACUGGACCAAAUUUUGACCAUACUUUUGGCAAUAUUUCAGGAUUUUACAUCUCUACACCAACUGGACCAGGAGGGAGAAGAGAAAGAGUCAGACUCUUGAGCCUCCUGUUGGAGCCUACUUUGGAGCCAGCCUGCCUURGUUUCUGGUAUUAUAUGUAUGGUGAAAAUGUCUAUAAAUUAAGUAUUAAUAUCAGCAAUGACAAAAACAUGGAGAAAACAAUUUUCCAAAARGAAGGAAAUUAUGGAGAAAAUUGGAACUAUGGACAAGUAACAUUAAAUGAAACAGAGGAAUUUAAGGUUGUUUUUAGUGCUAUUAAAAAUCAGAUCUUGAGUGACAUAGCAUUGGAUGACAUUAGCCUAACACAWGGGAUUUGUAAUCAGAGUCUUUAUCCAGAGCCAACUUUGGUCCCAACUUCUCCACCAGAACUUCCUACGGACUGCGGAGGGCCUUUUGAACUGUGGGAACCAAAUACAACCUUCAGCUCUCCGAACUUCCCAAACAACUACCCUAAUCAGGCUUUCUGUGUUUGGAAUUUAAAUGCACCAGAGGGAAAGAAUAUACAACUUCAUUUUCAAGAAUUUGACUUAGAAAAUAUUGCAGAUGUAGUUGAAAUCAGAGAUGGUGGAGAAGAUGAUUCCUUGUUCCUGGCUGUGUACACAGGGGCUGGUCCAGUGAAGGACGUGUUUUCUACCACCAACAGAAUGACUGUGCUUUUCAUCACUGAUCUAUUGUUGGCCAAAGGGGGAUUUAAAGCUAAUUUCACCACUGGUUAUCACUUGGGAAUUCCAGAGCCCUGCAAGGAAGACAAUUUUCAGUGUGAAAAUGGAGAAUGCAUUCCCCUGAAUAAUCUCUGUGACAGUCACCCACACUGUACAGAUGGCUCAGAUGAAACACACUGUGUGCGUCUUUUCAAUGGCACAAUGAACAACAAUGGUUUGGUGCAGUUCAGAAUCCAGAGCAUAUGGCAUGUAGCUUGUGCCGACAACUGGACCACCCAGAUUUCAAAUGAUGUUUGUCAGAUGCUGGGACUAGGGAGUGGAAAUUCAUCAAUGCCAAUAUUCUCUACUGGAGGUGGACCAUUUGUAAAACUAAGUGCAGCACCAAACGGAAGCUUAAUACUAACACCCAGUCAACAGUGCUUGCAGGAUUCCCUGAUUCUGUUACAAUGUAACCAUAAAUCAUGUGGGAAAAAACUGGUGGCUCAAACAGUGAGUCCAAAGAUUGUUGGAGGAAGUGAUUCCAAAGAAGGGGCCUGGCCCUGGAUGGUUGCUCUGUAUUAUCAAGGCCGUAUGGUCUGUGGUGCAUCUCUUGUCAGUAAUGACUGGCUUGUGUCUGCUGCACACUGCGUAUAUGCGCGAAAUAUGGACCCAUCCAAAUGGACAGCACUCCUAGGCCUGAACAUGAGAUCAAAUUUGACUUCUCCUCAGAUAGUAACUCUCUUGAUAGAUCAAAUUGUCAUAAACCCUCAUUACAAUAAACGGGAAAAGGACAGUGAUAUUGCCAUGAUGCAUCUUGAAGUUAAAGUUAAUUAUACAGAUUACAUACAACCCAUUUGUUUACCAGAAGAAAAUCAAGUUUUUCUUCCAGGAAGAAAUUGUUCUAUAGCUGGAUGGGGAAUGAUUGAGAAUGAAGGGCCUACUGCAAACAUAUUACAAGAAGCUGAUGUUCCUCUUCUAUCAAAUGAGAAAUGUCAGCAACAGAUGCCAGCAUAUAACAUUACUGAAAAUAUGAUAUGUGCAGGCUAUGAAGAAGGAGGAAUAGAUACCUGCAAGGGAGAUUCAGGAGGACCAUUAAUGUGCGAAGAAAACAACAGGUGGCUCCUUGCUGGUGUGACAUCAUUUGGAGACAAGUGUGCCCUUCCUAACCACCCAGGGGUGUAUGCCCGAGUUACAAGGUUCACAGAAUGGAUUCAGAGUUUCCUACAUUAA